GUUCGCGGUCUGCCGGCGCCCCGGCGCACACCGAGCGCUGGAGGCUCCGUCGCGCCGCCUGCCAAGCCGGGAUCUACCGCCGCGCCGUUUCGGCCCCGUCUUUCUUCUCAUCUCCGCGUCGUCCGCUUCCAUCCACCUCGGAGAAUCGUCUGCGUUCUGUGCGAAUUGGGGAUUAUUUUUCUACGGGGGGUGUCGAGGCAUCCCUCCCUCCCGCGCCGCCUGCUCCACCUGCCCUUGCGCCUUUCUUCUUUCCCCCCGCCUGCCUCUCCGCCGACCCCGGGCUGAUGUGCUGUGCGACAGGCUGGAAAUGGAAGUGUUGAUGCUCUGGCUUUUCCCCUGGAUAUUUCAGUGCGUUUCGGUGCGGGCGGACUCCAUCAUCCACAUCGGUGCCAUUUUUGAGGGCAAUGCUGCCAAGGACGACGAGGUGUUCAAGCAGGCGGUGUCGGAUCUGAACCUCAAUGACGACAUCCUCCAGAGCGAGAAAAUCACUUACUCUAUCAAGCUCAUAGAGGCCAACAACCCCUUCCAUGCUGUGCAGGAAGCCUGCGACCUGAUGACCCUGGGGAUCUUAGCCUUGGUGACAUCCACAGGUUGUGCCUCGGCCAACGCCCUGCAGUCCCUGACAGAUGCCAUGCACAUCCCACAUCUCUUUGUGCAGCGCAACACGGGAGGCUCCCCACGCACCGCCUGCCACCUGAACCCCAGCCUGGAGGAGGAGGAGUACACACUGGCUGCCCGUCCGCCCGUCCGCCUCAAUGAUGUUAUGCUGAAAUUGGUCACUGAGCUGCGGUGGCAGAAAUUCAUCGUCUUUUAUGACAGCGAUUACGAUAUACGCGGACUGCAGGGAUUUCUUGAUCAGGCCUCCAGGCUGGGACUUGAUGUGUCAUUACAAAAAGUGGACAGGAACAUCAGCAGAGUCUUUGCCAACCUUUUCACUACAAUGAAAACAGAAGAGCUGAACCGCUAUCGGGACACAUUACGAAGGGCUAUCUUACUUCUAAGCCCACGAGGAGCCCAGACUUUUAUUAAUGAGGCUGUGGAAACCAACCUUGCAUCAAAAGAUAGUCACUGGGUCUAUGUAAACGAGGAAAUCACUGAUAAUGAAAUAUUAGAGUUGGUGCAUAGUGCCCUUGGGAGGAUGACAGUUAUCCGGCAGAUUUUCCCUCUCUCAAAGGACAAUAAUCAGAGGUGCAUGAGGAACAAUCACCGAAUAUCAUCACUGCUCUGUGAUCCACAGGAAGGCUAUCUUCAGAUGCUGCAGGUUUCCAACCUGUACCUGUAUGACAGUGUGCUCAUGCUAGCCAAUGCUUUCCACAGAAAACUGGAGGACAGGAAAUGGCACAGCAUGGCAAGUCUGAAUUGCAUGAGGAAAUCCACCAAGCCUUGGAAUGGAGGACGAUCCAUGCUUGAGACUAUUAAGAAGGGCCAUAUAACUGGGCUUACUGGUGUUAUGGAGUUCAGAGAAGAUGGCGCCAACCCCUAUGUUCAAUUUGAAAUACUGGGCACUAGCUACAGUGAAACAUUUGGCAAAGAUGUCCGGAGGUUGGCAACGUGGGACUCUGAAAAAGGACUGAAUGGUAGCCUGCAAGAACGACGUCUGGGAAGUGAUUUACAAGGACUGACACUCAAAGUGGUGACUGUCUUGGAAGAACCUUUUGUGAUGGUGGCAGAGAACAUACUUGGGCAACCAAAACGUUACAAAGGAUUUUCCAUUGAUGUCCUGGAUGCACUGGCCAAGAAUCUGGGCUUCAAAUAUGAGAUAUAUCAAGCUCCUGAUGGGAAAUAUGGACACCAGCUUCAGAAUGGCUCCUGGAAUGGCAUGAUUGGAGAACUUAUUAACAAGAGAGCAGAUCUAGCGAUUUCUGCCAUCACUAUAACACCUGAACGAGAGAGCGUUGUGGACUUCAGCAAGCGGUACAUGGACUAUUCAGUGGGGAUCUUGAUCAAGAAGCCUGAAGAGAAAAUCAACAUCUUCUCUCUCUUUGCUCCUUUUGACUUUGCGGUGUGGGCUUGUAUUGCUGCUGCCAUCCCUAUAGUUGGUGUCCUGAUAUUUGUCUUGAACCGGAUCCAGGCAGUCAGGGCGCAGAAUGCCUCCCAGUCAAGCCCCUCUGCCUCCUCCACCCUGCACAGUGCCAUCUGGGUUGUGUACGGCGCUUUUGUUCAGCAAGGGGGUGAAUCUACUGUCAAUUCUGUGGCUAUGCGCAUUGUGAUGGGAAGCUGGUGGCUCUUCACCCUUAUCGUGUGCUCAUCCUACACAGCAAACUUAGCAGCAUUUCUCACAGUAUCAAGGAUGGAUAAUCCUAUAAGAACAUUUCAGGACCUGUCUAAACAAAUGGAUAUAUCUUACGGUACAGUCAGAGACUCAGCAGUAUAUGAAUACUUUAAAGCAAAAGGAACAAACCCUCUGGAGCAGGAUAACACAUUUGCUGAACUGUGGAGGACAAUAAGUAAGAAUAAUGGGGCAGAUAAUUGUGUAUCGAACCCUUCUGAAGGCAUCAGGAAGGCAAAGAAAGGAAAUUAUGCAUUCCUGUGGGAUGUGACAGUGGUGGAAUAUGCUGCGCUGACAGAUGAUGAAUGCUCUGUGACAGUCAUUGGUAAUAGCAUCAGCAGCAAAGGAUACGGAAUUGCACUCCAGCACGGAAGCCCCUACAGAGAUCUUUUCUCCCAGAGGAUCUUAGAGUUGCAAGAAAGUGGAGAUUUGGAUGUUCUUAAACAAAAAUGGUGGCCACGGAUGGGACGUUGUGACCUGAAUAGCCACACAAAUGCACAGACAGAUGGGAAGGCUCUCAAGCUGCACAGUUUUGCAGGUGUUUUCUGCAUUUUAGCAAUAGGCCUUCUACUUGCCUGCUUGGUGGCAGCAUUGGAGUUGUGGUGGAACAGCAACCGUUGUCAUCAAGAAACACCGAAAGAGAGCAGGUACAGCAUGGGCAGCAGCAGUGCAAACUUCCCCACAUUGCCCCACCAAUGUGCCUCAACCCUGACCUGGAGAGACCACCUUUAGGGGUAAGAGUAGUUCAGAAACAUGCCCUCAGCCUCUCUGCUGUGACAGGGAGGCCAGCCAUGGGCACCUGGUUGUGCCAACUGUGGUGACGGUUUCUCUGAUCUAAGACCCCAUCUGCUGGCUGUGAGAACCAUGUCCAUCUUGCACAGGCUAGGCAGCUGCCAGCAGCUAGUGGUUGUUUUCCUUCAUGGCUGACUUAGGCUGAGUUUGAUGAAGUACAUGAGCAAUUAAAAAGAAACCAUCUACUUAUUACUGAAUAAGCCAUAACUGCCAUGACACUGUUUAAAUGCUUCUUUUCUUUUGAAAUCAGUUUUAUUUCUAAACCUAGGGGCUUCUGACUGAACUGAAUUUCAUGUGACAUUUUACUUAGGAGCAUACAUCUGAGAAUGUCUUGUUUUUGAAAUGUUUUGCCACAGUAGGAAUAGUUAGCAAUGCUAUGAUAGAAUAAUCAGUCCAUAGUCAAAUCUGUCUUGCAUGAAACCUGUAUUUGUUUACAUAGCUUAAAUGUUUAACAAACUAACCUCUUGUAAUUUUUGAAGCAGAGGCACUUGUAGGUGCUUUCAUCUUGGAACAGAUGUUUAUAACAAGAAAAUAAUAGCAGUGAGCUGCACUACAGCUGGAAAAUAGUACAUAGCCCAUCAAUUACAAUCUGUGUUUCUCAGAUUGCCAGGAGUAUUACAAUAAUUGACACACGCAUCACCUGUAAGCAAUUCUGCCAAAUGGGAUCUGAUGAUAUAUGUUGCAGUAUGCAAUGCUGUGAAAUAUUUAUCAGUAAGAUUCCAUUUCUCUGAGUCCCUGCUUCUCCCAUUUGAACUCAUCCAUCAAGUGUCAGUGAUAAACAUCUGUAUCGUGUUUGAGGGACAAAGCUGCAAAGUCACUUGCCUGUGGCUUUGCAGUGUGUAAUAGCAAAAGAGAGAUUUUGGUUAAAAGGAGGCAUGUCUCCACUUCGUACAAUGCAGCACUCCAAAAGCAGCCAGAGAGAGCACAAGUGCAGUCUUGCAUGGAAACCAGCUUUUGUAUGAAUGUAAACAAGUAUUUAAUUGUUCUUUGGUUAAAUAAUUUGUUAUUUUGCCCUUCUGCCUUGUAGAAUUCAGUCCAUGUUAGUGUAACUAAGGCCUAAAUCAUAGCAGUGGACAGUUCUGUUCCCACUGUGAAAGGCUGGCAAGGAAGGAGCAAGGAGACUGAAGGGUUCUAAUAUUACAUAUAGAGCAUUUGUGUUGCCAUACUCUGGAGCACCUUCCUCUCUCUGCACUCAGAGGCUCACCUUUUGCAUUUUUCUGGUGUGAGAUGAGUAUGAGCCCCAAAGAUAGGGUGAAAGAAUUGCUCACUUUUAUUGCAAGGACUUGUAAAUACUUAGUUUCCAUUGCUAGGAAGGAUCUGUCUUCCUGACUUUAAAUAUUUCCUUUAUGCUUAUCUUCUUCAUUUCUCUUUUUUACCUGUUACAGAGAUUACUACAGAUCCCUGUCUUUACUGUCUUUUCUUCCCUUCCCAUUCCCCUCCUUCUUCCCCUUCCCUCCAGUAUGCUUUAGAUUAAGGGUGCUCCUCACAUCCUCUUUGACAGUUUUCAUGAUGAACAAUAAAAUACUUUCAAGAUUCAAUCUUUCAAAGUAUACUGCAGUUACUGCAGUAUUACUGUAUUACUGGAGUAUACUGCAGGUAUGGCAAAGUUGCACUCAGGAAUAUUGCCUGUGUGUGGGAAUGAGCAUAGCAGAUGUAGGUUAAGCAGUACAAACUAAAGUCAGGCAUAACAUGCAUGAACAGGCUCAGAAAAGAAUGGUCUUUGUGGGUGCUGCUGAGAGAUGGAACAGCCAGUGGGAUUCCUGGAACAAGUAGGUGUUAAAGCUGAAAGAGAAAGUGAGUGUUCCAAACAGAAGGGCACCAGGGAUGAGGGCUCACAGGUGUGAGAAGACAGAGGAGGAAAGCAUAAGCAUGCCAUAAGGUUGUACAGCAUGAGGGGUUCUGAAAGAGGGCAGCUGGGUGCAGUGAAGUGCAGGAGGCCAAAAGCAUCUCUAGAAAAGGUCAGAGGAGCUGGAGAGAAGAGUGUGAGCAUAAAAUACGCUUGGAUAAAAUAGUGGAAGAAUGUUGCAAGCACUUCUCAGUAGAUUAGUUAUAGAGACAUUUAUGUACUAGUGAGGAGGGACUAAAGGGUGGUUACUGACUACAGUAAUCAUGAUAGGAGCCAUGGUUUAGAAGAGAUGGUGGCGUGCAAAUUGCUUGAGGAUUUUCAAUGUAUGUAAGGAAACCAAGUUUCAAAAUUUUGGAUAGGAUUGAAUCCAAGGACCCCAGGGACCCUCUGUUUGAGCCACACAAGUGAGGAGCAAUAACUGAGCUGUGGAGACUGAAAGCAAAACGAGGAUUUGAUUUCAAGGCAUUUAUUUAGGGAUCUCUUUUCUGUAACUACAUAUUGUCUAGCAUUUCUGCAGCAAUGGCCAUAAUAACAGAGCUGCAACAUGUAUAUCAUAUAAAAAACAUUAAAGCCAGCAUCUGAUACUCCAUCCAAGUCUUUAGUUCAGUAACAGCUGCCAACGUAAGCCAUUCUGCUGAUUUCAUUUUUCUUCUGCUUUUUUCUUCUUUUCUUUUUUUUUUUUUUUUUUUUUUUUUUUUUUUUUUUUUUUUUUUCUUUUUUUCAGUCAGGCUUUGGAGUACCAAACCUGAGUAUUGUGAUAUCACCUACAAAUUUUGGGAAUUAGAUUUUCUCCUGACUGUUUUUGUCUGUGCAAAGCCUGUGAGAUGUCACUGAAGGGAAUGAUUCCCUUGCGGCCAAAUAUUACACUUAGGCUUAGGUAGUCACCUCAUGCAGAAAAAGAACAGCAUUCUCUGCAAUCACCAUUAAAAGUCAAAAGAGGCAGCCUGGCUACUGUGACCCUUAAACUGUUAGGAAUCCUGUAAAGCAAUUGCAAAAAAGUGGCUUCAGGAUUGAAUGAGGAGCCGAUAUAACUUGCUGAGCCCUUUUAGAAGUUUCUGUCUUUGGCUUGACCCGCUUGUUAGACUGUCAUGCUAAUCUGGUGUCAACUAGAAAAACAGAGAAGUAUUGGGAAGGUGAAUUUGUGACCACUCUGACAGGUUUAUGAUAGGGUUGGGCAACUGCAGCUUGACAAAGAAAAAGAGAUUUUAGAGACUGUCUUUUUUUUCCUUUGGGGUUGGUGUGAAGUCUGUGGCCACAAAGACCUGAACAACAUUCAUUAGCAUUGGAGAAAUAUUUUCAGCUGGUAUUAAGGUGUCUUUGCAUUUUCCUCUUCCCCUUUGGCUUUUGUAGAGAUCAUUCGGAAUCAAUCCACUGAGGUAUUCAAGGACUUGGAGCUCUGUGUGAUAUAAAUCACAACUCUUAAUUAAAAUCAAUGUAAAAAAUGUGAUCUUAACUAUAUAACUAUGGGCACUGUUUUUUGAACCCUGACACCAUAACCUGGACUUUACAAAUGUAGAUGAUAUUUGUGUCAGAGACUUUAUAGGAAGCACUAUGUCAGACUACUUCUAAUUGGAAAUCCUUUGUUGCCUUUUUUUUUUUUUUUUCCUAUUUUUUUCACUUAAAAAAAAAGCCAUCUCCCAAAAUUAAGCAAAUUAUAUAUUUUCUACCCAUAAAGUCAGUUCAUUAGGAUGAACUUCCAGGAAAGAAGGACUUCUUUAUUUUUCCAGAACAAUCAAUUGCCCUUAGUUCCCAAUUCUGUCAUGCAAGCAGUAGUGAAAUUUCUUUAAGAGUAACACAGAAUCACAGAAUUUCAGGAUUUGGAAGGAAUCCCUAGAGAUCAUUAAGUCCAACUCCCCGGAUAGAGCAGGUUCCCCACACAGGUUGGCUUCCAAAUGGAUCUUUAAGUUUCCAAAGAAGUGCCUGAGUCCUUUUCUAAAGAUUUAUUCUCUAAAAAUCUCAAUGUGAUCAUAAUGCUUCCUUAUCAAUUCAGAUUAACAAAAGAAAGAUUAAUUUCAACAUCAGGAAAAUUGUACAGCUGCAAGACCAUCUCAGGUUCCAUCUACUUGGGCUCAAGUCUGUGGUGCAUUAAAAUUGAAAACGUAUCUGGUAAUGUUUAAACAUUCUUAUUAUUUCUGCUUAUGGGAAAUUUACUUUUGGCCAUCUUUUUCAAAUUGGAUUUUCUAGAGCUUAUAAUCAGCUUCUCCUAAUUGCUACUAAUGCCCAGAUAUUCUACACUCACUGUGAAAUUUAGUCAGCUCCUACAUUUAUCUCUACAUUUUAAAAUCUUGAAUUGACAAAACGGCUACUCAGGCUGCAGUACUGAUACCCAGUCUUUCAACUAUGAUCAGCUUCAGAGAUUUGGGGAAUUGCAAAAGGAAAAGUGAAAAUUAAUAUUAAUUUUGGAAUCUUUGCCCUUUUUGAAUAGCUGAGCAAUCCCAUGAAAUUACUGAAACCCAGUGGCAUGAAAUGUCAAACUUUCAAUAUUUAUCUCUGUAUUUCUAUGUCCUUUGGUCCCAUGCUUUUAUUUCAUGAUCUUUGUUAACUCUGAUGUAAUCUGGAUCAUUUAACUACCAAGGGCUUCAUCACAUCAUCGGAUUCUUCCUACCUUUUAUUCCAUGAAAAUAUUACUUUUGUGACUGAAAGACAGUUUGCAAAUGUUCCUUGUUGUUAGGAUCUGGUACAGCUACUUCCUGCAGUGAACUCAGCAGCAUCCUUUGUGUUCCUUUGUACUUUAUAUGCUAUGUCUCACUGAAAUCUACUCUUCCCCUUCAGAGAUCUCUUCAGAACUAUUAAGAUAUCACUUCUUAUUCAUCCACAUAACAUACUCCAUAUCAACAAAAAUAUAAAAGCAAAAGUUAUAUUAUCAUACUAUUCAUGGAAAGAAAAGUUGACUUUUUCACUUUUCGCAAGGUGCAUUCACUAAAAAACAAAUUAAUAGAUCACCUUUUGUCAAGUAAACUCACUUAGAGAUGUUAUAUGAGGUAAUUGCUGGAAAUUGAUACUUGUUGCAUCUUCUAUGAAGGACGAGCUUGAUUCACUUACUGUUAUUACAGGUCUUGACAGAUGAUUCUCAAGAAAUUCUUGCUUUGAUUCUUUCUUUAUUUCUGAUUAAUGUAUAUUGUAAAUCAGAAGUGUAUUUUCUCCAGACUGUGCUGCUCCUAGCAAUGUGUUUCAGCAACCGUACCCAACAUGUUCUUGAUUUUGUAGUGCAUGCAGAUUAUUUUUUCAACUGCACAAGGGGAUUUAGCAUUGUUUUCCACACGCUGAGCUGUUACUAGCCAUUUCCCUAUAACCUGUGUCUAGUUUAUAAUUCAUUAACAAUCACAUUCUUUGCUUAGUUUGUGAUUUCUUAACUUUCUGUUGCUUCUGUUACUUCUGUCUAUACUCUGCAAUGUUUCCUAGCAUUAUAUUAUAGCAAGAGGUAGCAAAAAUUACCCUGAAAAUUACAACAAAUACCAGCAUUCAGGAUGAAAGAAAGCAAGCCUGUAUCUUUUGCCAAGGAUGCCUUACAUGAUCUGCCUUAAGUUCCCCUUUUCCCAUGUUUGAUGCUACACAAAUUCCAGCCUACCUCAAAAAUCCCUACUUCCAGCUUUAGCACUCUUAAGAGUUACCCACUAGGACUCUUCUCUGGCACUGGAAGAAUAUGAAACCCAGAGUACCUCAGAAAUUGAAAUAUGAGUAAACAGAUAUGAGUCCAAUGGAUCAAAAUUUGUCACUGCUAAGAACUGAGAUCUGCACCAUAUUCACUUACCAUUAUUCCACAGCAGCUAGGGCUUCUAUACCUUCAGCGUGGUGUCAGCGAUGUUGGUUUGGAUUAUUAAAGUCUUAUGCUUUCACUGUUAUUUUCAUUAUCCUUGUCUUGUCUGUCACUUCAUUUACAUCAUCUCUUUUGUGUUGUUAUCUUUUUACCUGACAAUUUGAUUUCCACUGGGAUGGUUCCUUUUGAGAGUGAAAGGAAACAUGCGGCCAUCAAACUGAUGUUUUAUUUUCUUCACUGCAUGUCCUCUAAAUUUUAUCUCUUUUUUAAAUUAUUUUUUUUUCUGUAUUUUUAUGGCAUGUCUGAAAUCUUUGUACAUUUUCUGCUCAAUUGCAUAUAAAUGAUCAUUUGUUUGUACCGCUGUAUUGUAUUCUACUUUUCUAAGAAUAAAUAAAGUUUUUUGGGGAAAAUAAAUAAUGCAAAUGCUGGCAAAAUAAUGCAUUUCAAUGCCAUCUAGAAGUUCAGUUUCUAAGUAACUUCAAAUAUAAAAGGUUGAAAAUUUUCAUUUACCUGGCAUUUUCAAUUCAGCAAAGUAGUGUUAGGAAUCGGUCAUUACAGAAUGCAAAAGUUUAACAUUAUUUUAUGACAAAGUACAAGCAAGAAUAUCAGAGAAAAAAAAAAAAAAAAAAAAGGAGGGUAAAUAAAUGGCCAUGUACAGAAUUGAUAAUAGUUGAAAGAGCUUUUUCA